AUGGAGGGCCACGCCACAACAGUCGAGGGACACAUUUUUAGAAAGUUUAAACCUGAUGUGUCAAGACAUCAAGGCUACAGCUACCACAAAACACACAGCACCACAGAACACCAUGUGGGCAGAAGAAGUGCAAGUAAGCAACAGAGGGGAAAAAGGAGAGAAAAAGAGAGGAGUAGAAUGAUAUGCUACAUUGUUACUAUAAUCUUCAUCCAACCACAGUGAACAGUGGGGCUAAGGUUGAAAAGUCUGCAGUUGUACAAAGAGAAUGUCUGGGUCCAACAUCAAGCCUCAAAAGAAAGGACAUCUCCGGACUAUUCUAUUCUAUUCUAUUGCAAACACAAAAGUCGAAAAAAUGGUUUAUGGAGAACCACUUUUUUUUUGUUUGGAGAAAGAAUAGAUAGAUAGACAAACUAGAUUGCGGAUUGCAGUGUGUCUGGAGGGAGAGAAAGAAAGAGAGGUAUAAUCCCUCCUUUCCCAGGAAAGAAAGGAGAGGAGAGGAGAGUAGCAGGAAGACUAAUAACACAGGAGGCAGACCCAGCUAGACUCUCUCUCUGCUGUUGCCAGUCUGAUAAAUAACACUUAUCUUAAAGAGUCCCUGCUCAGGAAAUAAUACAUUAGGAACACAGCGAGAGGACAUAGUGUGAAUAAAUGUAUCAGUAGUUGUAACGAUCUGGUUUGGUCUGAUUGUUUUGUUAUUUUGUCAGGAACAUUUUGUCAGUUGUUUGUGUAACAAGUCUAUGUUAAAAGCCAAGAUGCUGCCCACUCAGAAUAGUUUAUUUGAAUUAAAUGGAUCUUAAAGAAGAGCCACACCCCAAUCCCCUUACAGGGGCUGUCCUGAGACAGAUUAUGUUUGUGUACACAACGUGCGUGUGUGAAUGCAUGUAAUCUUCGCUUCAUUCAGAGCAGUCCCACUCCCAAAUACCCCUUUUCCAUAAUCACAUUGCAACAGCCUGAAAAUCACAGAACCAUUGUUUAAGUAUUCUAAAAAACAGUAGUUGGAAAACAGCAUCAGCAAUGAAAUGCAAAGUUUGUCAUUUACUUAAAUUAUCUAAACAAACACACAUGUUCUUGCUUUGUAGCCUCAACAAUAUUCACCCAAGGCCUUGGGUCCUAUGAACUGUAAUGAUUCUGGAAGACACAGAGUGCACUCAUGGGCACACUCUAGCCGGCUUUAACUCAGCCAUGGGCUAUUACUGUCCCCCCCCCCCCCUUUCUAUUAAUACUUUUAAGGCCUCACUAGGGGAAGUGGCUUGAUAGAAGAGCCUAUUUAUGAGACACGUCUGAAGGAAAAUGGUCGAAGUUCUGUGGUUUUAACUAGUCACCAACGUGUCAAAGGAGUUCCUCUCCCAUUCCUGAGAUAUUAUGCGCUCAUUAUUCUGUUGUGCUGCGAUUCUAAGAGUGGACUCUGUUCACGUAGUCCAACCUUACCCCUAAAGGCUUUAGAAUAGGGAUUAUCCUAGCAGCAUGUGUUUGUGUGUGGACACUGUGAGUGGGUGUGUGUUUCCUUAUAUUUGUAUAGUGAAACAGCAGACUAUAUAUCGUCAGACAUUGUUAUUGCCUUCAUUAGUCAUAUGCAUUUGACUUAUGUUUAUGUCUAUGUGUGUGUGCACGCGUCUGUGUUCAUGUGUGUGCGUGUGUGUGUUUGACCAUCCAGGGGCAGCCAUGCUGACCACCUUAAUGGACGGCCUCCUCUGCUGCCUGACGGGGAAGUCGGCCAACGUCGUGGUUCCCAUAGAAACCUCGGAACCCGCUGACGGCUACGAGUUCGUGGAGGUCAAACCGGGUCGCGUCCUGAGGGUCCGACACGUCAUCCCGGAGCGGGAGGUGGAGGAAGAGCCCAGCGGGCCGGGGGGAAGCGUCCACUGCAAGAGGAAGAUCACAGUGUAUCGUAACGGACAGCUACUGAUAGAAAACCUGGGGGAUGCGGUAAGACAGGAGCUGUUACAUGCUCCGAACGGAGAAGCAGAACCCAACUGUACUGUAGAGGUAGAGCUCGGAGACCCACCUUCCAAUCCAACUCCCAACCCUGACCCCAAAGUGGACAAGACCGGGUCAGUGGUUGGGACAGGGGGAAGUGGGGCAAGGGGAGCGGCAACAGCUCCAGCCCCGACCCUCGGAUUAGCCCCAGAUCUGACCCAGCAGCUCCGGAAGCGGCGGCGGAAGCCAAAGCGCACAGUGGUGAUCGACAGCGAGAGGAAGAUCACAUCGUGUAAGGGGACACACGCAGACGUGGCACUGUUCUUCGUGCAUGGCGUGGGCGGCUCACUGGACAUCUGGGGCAGUCAGUUAGACUUCUUCUUCCGUCUGGGCUAUGAGGUCAUCGCGCCAGACCUGGCAGGUCACGGGGCAAGCUUGGCGCCCCAGAUCGCGGCGGCAUACACGUUUUACGCCCUGGCCGAGGACAUGAGGGCCAUCUUUAAGAGAUACGCACGGAAAAGGAACAUACUCAUCGGACACUCCUAUGGGUGAGUUAGACAGAAGUGUGUUAGUUACAGACACUACAUAUUGUAUUUUUUGCAUUUUGCUCUCCCAGACUCUCUCCAUCUCUCUCCAUCGCUCUCUCUCUCUCUUUCUACAGUGUGUCAUUCUGUACGUUCCUGGCCCAUGAGUACCCCGACCAGGUCCACAAGGUGGUGAUGAUAAACGGAGGAGGCCCAACAGCCCUGGAGCCCAGCCUUUGUUCCAUCUUCAACCUCCCCACCUGCGUCCUGCACUGCCUCUCUCCCUGCCUCUCCUGGAGCUUUCUCAAGUAAGAGCGGGCGAGUGAUAGAGAGAGAGUGUGUGUAUGUGUGUGUGCGCCUUCCCUCCCAUACAGACAAACUUCAGUACAAAGAUCUUUCCGUCUAUGUCGUUCAAGUAUGAUAUCCUAUGCUCCACUCACUCUCUCCUCUUCCUCUCCUCUGCCUCCCUCCCUCCCUCAGGGCUGGGUUUGCCCAUCAGGGUGCGAAGGAGAAGCAGCUAUUGAAAGACAACAACGCCUUCAACGUGUCCUCCUUCGUGCUGCGUGCCAUGAUGAGUGGCCAGUACUGGCCAGAGGGCGACGAGGUGUACCACGCAGAGAUCACUGUGCCCAUCCUGCUGGUGCACGGCAUGUACGACAAGUUUGUGCCCGUGGAGGAGGAUCAGCGAAUGGCAGAGGUGAGAGGGAAACCUUAAUGCCAACUGUAACCCUAACUUUAACCCUAACCCUAUCUUUAAACCGAAUCUAACCUCCCUGCCUCCUCUCAGAUCUUGCUGCUGGCCUUCCUAAAGAUAAUCAACGAGGGCAGUCACAUGGUGAUGAUGGAGUGUCCCGAGAGCGUCAACACCCUCCUGCACGAGUUCUUCCUCUGGGAGCCAGACUCCCCUCCUAAAUCUAAACCACGACCUGAAAUCACCGCCAAGAGACCCGAAACCGCCAAGACCCCCACUGCAUCCAACGGGGGAGCAACUUCAGAAAGCCAAGCCAAGAAUAAGUAA